ACAUCCACGAAGGCUUGCGUUACCUUACAGUCAGUUGUAACCUUGUGAACCGUGAGCAUAACGUCAGACCGUACGGAAAUAGGAGUACCGUCAUCACUUCCCUUCCCAUCGAUGGAACAAGACCCCUCUUUGGGACCACAACGAAAUACAACGACAUUGAAAGCCAAGUACGGGGGGAUGCUGGCAAGUACAAUGAAAUUCGGUUCGAAAUCGGAUCUAAUACCGGAGCCGUUCCUGGGGAUGUCCUGCUAGAACUUUAUAUCAAAUAAAAGGAUGAGUGAGGAAAUGUUUUGGAACUACUACGGAAAGAAUUACGAAAAGGUUAAAGCGGCAGUACCCGUCGAAAUCCGUAAAAUGAAGGCGAACUUCAUGAAACAACAUCCCAAUGCAACCCUAUCCAAGUUCGACUUUAAUGUUACCUUUGCCAAGGACGGAACCGUGGAUUCCAGGAACAUCUUCUAUAAGGUGGAUGGUCUCACAAGCUAUGAUAUUACAUCCGACACAUUCCGUACAAAUCCGGAGUGGACCAGGUACCUAUACUGGGUAGAGGGAUGGCGAAGUGUUCUUCCGGAUGCGAUCUUCCGCCCAAAUAAGGAUUUCAAGAUGGAUGUGCAUACCUUUAAUGUUUAUGUUACGGAGACCGAGAAUUUCCUGACAAAACUGGAGCCUAUUAAGCCAUCAUACGAUAAACCUCCCGAAGCCUUCAUCAACACUGUACCCUUCGAUUACCAUUCCAAUUCCUACUUCUGUUCCCUAGCAGCAUGCUAUGUUGCUAUGUUUAAAUCCGGAAUUUCCGAGGAUCAUCUUACGGACAACUUUCCCAAUUCACACUCCAACAUAGUAACCUCCAUUGUCCGAUUCCAUCUUCACUUUCACCUAUCGAGGUUUAUGCGUAAUCCCAAACUACUGGAACAAUAUCUUACAGGAGAUGAUAUACGAACCAUCAGGAAGUACAUGCCUGUACGUGAGACAUGGGUUAGGAGGACCGUCUCUUCCCACGCAAACCUUGGAACAUGGUAUUACGGCUUACCCGUAAGCGAACAGAGGAGGAUACGGCGACAGAAGUACCGUCUGACCAAAUAUGGAGGUUCAUUUAUCGAAUAUGAAUACCUGAUCGGUAGAUCACCCUUUGACGUUGAAAAUUAUUAUAAAACCCUUAUUCCCAGAACAUCCCGAGGACUUACCAAAGUUGGACAGAAAUUAUUCCAGCAGUUUAUCGAAGCAUUUGUGUAUUCCGUCCUAGGGGCACAGGCCAAAACCCGAUGGAGUAUCACGGGUCAGGGUGCAAAGAGUUUGCAGACACAGGAGGUCUUCCGGAAGGUGGUAAAGGAUACAAUUGUUCAAGACGACGUAACAGUUACCAUUUCCGACAUGAGGACGGCUAUCGCCAAUACCCACGUCGUCCUAAAUUUUGCUAUUAUGCCGGGUUUAAUCCUUAUUCCUUCAGACCUAAGAAUUCUAGUGAAACCUAUCCCAGGAUUCAGUAACGUCCUAACGAUAGCUAAAAACGGGAUGACGUUCCCAAAAAACGAGAAGGUGAAUUAUACAAGUAAUCCUGUUCCUACUCCCACGAACGAUGUAGACGAAAGCCAUGACAUUACACCGGUUCCUGUUGUGGAGGACUUCAAACCCCCUGAAUUAAGGGAGAAGUCUGAUACACAAAAUAUUGCUCUUGGGACAGCGGCAGUAGCAUCCUUUGGACUUGCAUACCUAGUAUUUCGACGUUAAAUAAAAAUGAGCAUCUUAUUCGGAUACGAUUACUUUGAUACAACAGAAGACCUGGAUAUCCUAAAACAGAAACUAGCAGUAGUUGAAAAGGGACAACAGGGAAACACAGCAGAAGUUGCUAAAAAUACGGACGAGAUUGUAAAAUUGAAUAGCCUCGGGAAAAAUUAUGUACAGUACGAUUUUACACAAACACCUGGGUAUCCACCCGGAUUUCUUCAAACUUCUAAUAUUUCCGAUUCGGAUAAAGGGGAACGCAAAAUUCAUUAGGUUUAAUGUUAGUGACGGAAAUAACACGGCAACAUCCUCCACCCUGUACGGGUUUUACGUGGGCAGUGCAGGAACCAUUGUCCUUUUUACACGUGAUCAGAGCAGUAGGAUUAUACAGGUCUCGUUUACAUUUUUCGUUACUGGCGAUACAACAAAUUCUAUGGUACAAAUUUUUGGUCUAGAAUCCAAGGAUGUAGACUCUUCCGGAAAUGUAACCAGCAGAACAGGAACUACAACCAUAAGCUGCUUCCUCAUGACAACAUAAAGUUUUAAAUCCAAAUGGUAGGAUUUAAAAUAUUCGUGUUAAUCCAUAGGCUCCCCCAACACCCAGUAUACCCACUGUCAACACUGCGUAUCUUUUCAUCUCGUCCGAUGGUUGAUAGUAGUCCUCCAAUUUCGGUCUGCGUUGGGAUGCCCGAACGAUGAACCCGAACAGAUGUCUAAUCACUGUAUUAAGGACUUUGAACAAACUGAUAAUCAUCAAAAGGUCAGUAUAGAGCAUGAUUUCAAACUUGGCUGUCAGUGUAGAAUUUUAGCUGCUGAUUUGGAGGGAGUUAAGCUCGAUAUAGCAAUCAUGUGCAGGGACAUAGAAACUAAGUUUCUUGCAGCUUACAAUUCACGGGAUAGUGAUAGUGAACAAAUAAGUGAACUUAAACACGAGCUUCUUAAGGAAAAGGAGAAAUGUAGUCAGUUGGAGGCUGAUAUAUCUAUUUUGGUUCGAGGAAGGAAUAGGGAAAUAAACGAAUUAAAAAAUACCAUUACCUGUCUCGAAAACAAACUUAAAUCAAGCGAUGUCAUAAAUGAAUCUCUAAGACAAUCGCUAAUGCAAAUUAAUUCAGAAAAAUUCAAUGGUGUAUUGAGUGCCGAACAAAGCCUGUCAAACCAACCUGAACAAAUUAAUACUUAUAACUGCAUCAUAGACACUGUAAAAUCGAUAGAAACUGCAAAUUCAAACCUAGGAAUUUGUUUACCAGGUGAACCAUUUAUUCCCGAAACUGUCAGCGUUGAAAGCCCCCUUGAUAAUUCAUGUUUAAUUGUCCAACCAGCAAGUUGUAAUAGAAACAACAAUAAACUCGACAACAAAUGUGAAAUUAACAAAGUGAAGUUAACGGAGCAUAAUAUGAAUAACGACAAAAUCAGUAAAGCUAAGGUCUCGCGAAGUUACUCUCGACGCAAUCUUAAUUCUCCCCCUUACUGUGAGCCAUUGUCGCUGAAAUCGCUUGGAAACUUGCCUCUUAUCGAAAUAUCCAAGCCAUGUAUAACUCAGAAGAAGGAACCCUUUUUAGAAAACCCAUCAAAUAUAUUGAAUGAUAGUACAACUAGCACUGAGAUGCAUGUGUGCAUUGGCCAAAUACCAGCUGAUAUUUCUGAAUUUAUUGUCUUAGACGGCGACGAAUGCAUGUCUGAGUGUGACAAUACUAAUAACUGUCCUUUUCGGCAGAGCUUCCCGGAGCGUCCCCCGCCCUUGCCUCAUGUUCGAAGAGCGGAAUGGUUGGCGCAUUUAAAUCUUGUUCGCCGGCUGACGGCAAAGUAA